ACCGAGCUUUGACAUAUGGAAGGUUCCGCUGAGGACACAACAGUUCGUUUGUAUCCUUCCUCAAGUGCGGUUAGACAUUACUCUUCUCCAAGUAUCAGUUACUUUUCUACUCAUAUGAAAUAAUUUUAUUUCCAUAAUGCCUAGAGCAUAUUUAAAAUUCUACAAUAAUAUUGUGAUAUUUUUGAAAAUACUAUCACUAGUAAGCCUUACUACCGGACAAACCAACCAAAACAUCAAUGUUUUUUUUAUUAAUGAUGCUGACAAUGAGCCUGCAGCCAAAGCUGUUACAGUGGUAUCAACAUAUCUGAAGAAAAAUCCUAGUUAUGGAAUAUCAAUUCAGAUUGACCAAGUUGAGGCAAACAAAACCGAUGCUAAAACACUUUUGGAAUCAAUUUGUUCAAAAUAUGCGGAGAGCAUUGACCGUAAACAACCCCCUCAUGUCGUAUUCGACACCACAAAAUCGGGAAUAUCCUCGGAAACAGUCAAAUCAUUUACUCAAGCAUUGGGGUUACCAACUAUCAGCGCCUCUUAUGGACAGGAAGGAGAUUUACGCCAAUGGCGCGAUAUGGAUGAGAGCAAACAGAAAUAUUUGCUCCAGGUAAUGCCUCCGGCUGAUCUUAUACCUGAAGUUGUGCGCAGUAUUGUACGGAAAAUGAAUAUAACCAAUGCAGCUAUUCUAUAUGAUGACACCUUCGUCAUGGAUCAUAAGUACAAAUCAUUACUGCAAAACAUACAAACGCGCCAUGUCAUUACUGGCAUUGCGAAGGAGGGAAAACGAGAACGUGAAGAGCAAAUAGAGAAACUACGUAAUUUAGACAUAAAUAAUUUUUUCAUACUGGGGAAUUUAAUGUCUAUUCGCAUGGUUUUAGAAUCUGUAAAACCGACGUAUUUUGAACGUAACUUUGCAUGGCAUGCCAUAACUCAGAGUGAAGGUGAAGUGAGUAGUCAACGUGACAACGCCACUAUAAUGUUCUUGAAACCAAUGUCAUAUGCUCAGAACCGUGACCGCUUUGGGCGUUUAAAGACCACUUUCAAUUUGAACGAAGAACCACAAAUUAUGUCAGCAUUUUAUUUUGAUUUGGCCCUUCGUACUUUUUUGGCUAUCAAGGAUAUGUUACAAUCCGGAGCUUGGCCAAAAAACAUGGAGUAUAUUGGGUGUGAUGAAUUUCAAGGUGGUAAUACCCCAGAAAGAAAUAUAGACCUUAGAACUGCUUUUACAAUGAUUCAGGAGCCAACUUCUUAUGGCGUGUUUGAAUUAGUUACACAGCCAGGAAAAUCAUUUAACGGGUACAGUUAUAUGAAAUUUGAAAUGGACAUUAAUGUUCUACAAAUUCGUGGAGGGAACUCUGUGAAUACAAAAUCAAUUGGCACUUGGACCGCAGGAUUGGACUCGCCGUUAGUUGUUAAAGAUGAAGACGUAAUGAAAAAUUUAACCGCCGAUACAGUCUAUCGCAUUUUUACAGUAGUUCAAGCUCCUUUCAUUAUCAAAGAUGAGAAGGCUCCAAAGGGUUAUAAAGGCUAUUGCAUCGAUUUAAUCAACGAGAUAGCAGACAUAGUACAUUUUGACUAUACUAUUCAAGAGGUCGAAGACGGAAAAUUUGGCAACAUGGAUGAAAAGGGCGAAUGGAAUGGAAUUGUGAAAAAAUUAAUGGACAAACAAGCAGACAUUGGCUUAGGUUCAAUGCAUGUUAUGGCUGAGCGUGAAAUUGUUAUUGACUUUACGGUCCCUUACUAUGAUCUGGUUGGGAUUACUAUUAUGAUGCAACGUCCGCAGGUCCCCAGUUCUUUGUUCAAAUUUUUAACAGUGCUUGAGACGAACGUUUGGUUGUGCAUUUUGGCAGCUUAUUUCUUUACUAGCUUUUUGAUGUGGAUUUUUGAUCGAUGGAGCCCCUACAGCUACCAGAAUAAUCGUGAAAAAUAUAAGGAUGACGAUGAGAAACGUGAAUUCAACCUAAAAGAAUGUCUUUGGUUUUGUAUGACUUCCUUGACACCGCAAGGCGGCGGUGAGGCACCGAAAAACCUUUCCGGCCGUUUGGUGGCAGCAACAUGGUGGCUAUUCGGGUUCAUCAUUAUUGCAUCAUACACAGCCAAUUUGGCUGCCUUUUUAACAGUAUCUCGUCUCGAUACACCGGUGGAGUCCUUGGAUGAUCUUGCAAAGCAGUACAAAAUUCUAUAUGCACCGUUAAAUGGCUCCUCAGCAAUGACUUAUUUUCAAAGGAUGGCCAAUAUUGAGCAACGUUUUUAUGAAAUAUGGAAAGACUUGUCGUUGAAUGAUUCCCUCACGCCACUCGAGCGCUCAAAACUAGCUGUUUGGGAUUACCCAGUUAGUGAUAAAUACACAAAAAUGUGGCAGGCCAUGCAGGAAGCCCAGUUACCGGCAACUCUUGAAGAGGCGGUAGAACGAGUUCGCAACUCAACUUCAGCCACCGGCUUCGCCUUUCUGGGCGAUGCCACAGAUAUUCGCUACCUUGUGAUGACCAAUUGUGAUUUGCAGAUUGUAGGUGAAGAAUUCUCCAGAAAACCAUACGCCAUUGCCGUUCAACAAGGAUCACAUCUCAAGGACCAAUUUAACAAUGCAAUUUUAACCUUACUCAACAAACGUCAACUGGAAAAAUUUAAGGAAAAGUGGUGGAAAAACGAUGAAACACAAGCCAAAUGUGACAAGCCAGAAGACCAGUCAGACGGCAUUUCCAUACAUAAUAUUGGUGGAGUCUUUAUUGUUAUAUUUGUUGGAAUUGGCAUGGCCUGCAUCACAUUGGUAUUUGAGUAUUGGUGGUAUAAAUAUCGAAAGAAUCCCCGCAUUGUGGAUGUUAUUGAAGCGAACUCUGGCGGAAAAGAUGGCAAGACAAUCGAUAGUGUUAUUCUUGGACAGGCUGGAAAAGAGUACGACAAGGGUGGUAAUACCGUGCUUCGGCCACGAUUUCAUCAGUAUCCCACCACAUUUAAACCACGGUUUUAAAAUAUGUACAAAUAUACACAUACAUACAUACAUACGUACAUAUGCUUGUAUGCAAUCAAUCAGCUUAACGAAGUCGGAUUUGACAACGCUGUUUUUUUAUUAACACAUACAUAUACAUAUGCACGUAGAUAUGCCUGUAUGUAAGUAUGUACGUAUUAAAGCAGAUGCUUUGCUUUUGGAAUAAAAUAUGCACGCACAAUUUUUUUAAAUCUUGAUGGCAUUUUAAUUACUUAUAAUAUGUAUGUAUAUGCGUACACUCUAAUUGAAAAUACAAAUAAAAAUGUUAGUGUCUAAAUUUAUCAAAGCAAA